AUGGGCAGGAGUAACGCUGAUGUGAUGUCCCUCACCUACUGCGACCUGCACCACAUCCAGAGGGAGGACCUGCUGGAGGUGCUAGACAUGUACCCAGCCUUCGCAGACAGCUUCUGGAGGAACCUGGAGAUCACCUUCAUCCUGAGAGAUGUGAUCCAGAUGCUGCCUGGUGAGGACUCCGAUGGUGGUAACCGUGGUCACCGGGCCAGGCACCGCAGAAACUCAAUGGACCGACGGAACAGGCCAGAUGGCAUGGACCAGGAUGACUCCCACCCCCCCACGCAGACAUGUCCCCCCACCAGGCGCCCCCAUUGCCCCUCGGCGGCCCCCCCUCUCUGGGACGAGCUGUGCAGCUGUGGGACGUCCUGCUCCCAGUCUCCGUCCAGCGAGAACUACCCCCCCGAGGAGGACCCCCUGUCCUUCCCCCCCACAGUGGUGCGAUUCCUGGACCCAGGAGGGGGCGCCUCGGUGGGCAUCGAGAGUGGCAUGGACCGGGGGCACCCAGGUAGAGGGGGCGCCGCGGUGGGCAUCGAGAGUGGCAUGGACCGGGGGCACCCAGGUAGAGGGGGCGCCGCGGUGGGCAUCGAGAGUGGCAUGGACCGGGGGCACCCAGGUAGAGGGGGCGCCGCGGUGGGCAUCGAGAGUGGCAUGGACCGGGGGCACCCAGCGGUUCCGGGUCUGUACCAGCUCUGGCCCGAUCGCUCGGCCCAGUUCCCCCAGCACCACUGGAGGUCCUCGUCAGUGCGGGCCGCCCCUCCCCCUCAGUCCUCACGCCACCGGCCCAGCGAACUACACGCCCGACUCGACCUACUGCAGAGCCAGCUCAACAGGCUGGAGACUCGUAUGACGGCGGACAUCAACGUCAUCCUGCAGCUCCUGCAGAGCCAAAUAACCCCGGUGCCCCCUGCGUACAGCACCGUCUCCCCUGGCAACCACCCCCUGAACCCCGGGCCGGAGGCGCCAGCGCUUCAUGGCAUGUACCCGCUCCAGAACCAACCCAGGGACAGCCGGGCCUCCUCACUACCGAGUGAUGCCCAACCAGAGACCAAGUUCACCCAGAAAUCCCUGCCGACCGCCAUUCACGUCACCGUGGCGCCAGACAAGGAGGAGAGCGUGACCCCUGACCCCCGGGCUCAGGAGAAGGUGAGGUCGUUGCUGAUGGACGUUCCGUCGCUCUGUGCCUCCCUGCGCUUCCCCUCGUUGCCCGGCAACUUGGAUGCGUCGCAGCACCUCGCCGUGAUUCAGAAGCACGUGUCGGACCCUGUCCUUCCCUUCAGCUAAAGACUUGACAUGACCGGACCACCGACGGCCACUGCAGCCUUUCAAGACCUGAGAGGCGGGUUCGUGCCCUACUUUAGGGUAAACAGGCUUGAUUGACUGCGCAGGUUCGUGCCCUACUUUAGGGUUGAUUGACUGCAUGUUCUUACAGAGAACACAGGAACAAACUCCAACAACUCCACAGUCCAACCAACUCAAGACUCGGUUUGAGUAGUUUAAACUUUAAACCACCGCACACCCUGGUCAUACAGGCCCAGGACUCCACCGGACGGGACUGCUUCCACUCCGUACAUGUUAGGCUAGUCUUAACACAGACCACAUGAGCGAAGAGAGAUGCAUAGAAAUCUGCACAGACCCGAACAAAUCUACAUUCCUACUAGUAUGUCUGGUUUAUGUAGUUCAGACCACCGUACAUAACAUGGCUCUAGACUGUUCUCAGCCCGUAUGUGGUCAAAUGCUGUCGUUUCCACACAGAGUUUGUGUUUGGAACUGGCAAGCUAACAUCAAUAACAGCACAGGUAGCACUGAGAAAAGUUUUGCAAAUGGCUGCUAACUGAUGUAGUUCAGUGAUAUAUUCUGCGAUUUUGUGCUGCAAGAACUGUUCUUACAUUUCUCCUGGGUUUGAGACCUGUAGAAUAAGACUACAUAGUGAAACGCCUGGGAGGCUAAUGGGGAUGUCGGUUAUGUUUAAUCUCUCCUCCCUCCUUCAUGACAUCAAAAUGAAUUGGAAGACCUUACAGAAAGUAGUUACCAACACAAACAAACUUUUAAAGCUGCUUCAUGAUGCUUGAAGAACCGAGGAACUCUCAGAACCUAGAAACUCUAGAAGUUCAUCUGUACUGUUAUACUGUACCUCGUGGAAAAAUGCAUGUGAGAGAAUCCAUCAGGGCUGCUUCAGGACAGCCUGGGCAUUAGAAAUAUGCCAACAGGCUUUCAUCAAGUGUGGCACAGAAACUGUUAUUUUUUACAAAGACUGCUUCCAA